AUGGUCGGGCUCCAUUCUUUCCCCAUAAAUAGUCCUGGAACUGUGUUUUACGGCUCCAAGAAAGCCACGGACACGAUGAGGAAGGAGGUUCAGCAACUGAUUAAGGAGAAGAAAGAUGCCAUGUCCAUUGGAAUACAAUCUUACGACAUUAUGUCACAUAUGAUCCUCAGCAGCAACCCUGUUGCCGGCCGGUUCAAGUUGGAGAAAGAAAUCGCAAGCUUUUUAUCCGCUUUAGUCGUGUCCGGAUUCACCACACCCGCCACUACUCUAGCCAUUAUCAUGAAAUACCUUGCAGAAAGACCCGACAUAUAUGAUAAAAUUCAUGCAGAACAAAUGGAGAUUAGCAGCUCCAAGAAAUUAGGAGAGUUGCUUAAUUGGGAGGACAUACAGAAGAUGAAGUACACGUGGCACGCAGCACUGAAAUUGGGGCGUGUUUGCGACUCCUCCACCUUACACCUUCGUCCCGGAAAAGAGUACAGUCGACUAGUGAUGCUCAUUUUUCUCCACAAUCUUGUCAAAAAUUUCAAAUGGGAGGUGUUGGCUCCUAACGAGAACAUUACUGGCACCGUCAUCCCUAUUCCGGGAAAAGGGUUCCCCAUCCUUCUCCAACCUCUCUCAACAUAA